AUGCACGAUGUCGAUCAGUGCUUCUUACCUCCCAUAACUCCUCCAGAAAAAUUCUUUCUUUCUCAACUGAUGUUGGCCCCCCCUAGAGAACUCUUCAAGAAGACUCCUCGGCAGAUUGCUUCAAUGGAUGUGGGCAACAUGGCCCAGUCAGUGGAUAUAAGUGGCCUUCAGCUGGCAUUAGCAGAACGUCAGUCCGAGUUGCCAACACAGAGCAAGGCCAGCUUCCCCAGCAUUCUCAGCGAUCCUGACCCAGAUUCUUCCAACUCUGGUUUUGACAGCUCCGUUGCCUCCCAGAUCACGGAAGCCUUAGUGAGUGGACCAAAACCUCCUAUAGAGAGUCACUUUCGACCAGAGUUUAUUCGACCACCGCCUCCACUCCAUAUAUGUGAAGACGAAUUGGCAUGGUUAAAUCCAAUAGAGCCAGAUCACACAAUUCAGUGGGAUAAGUCAAUGUGUGUUAAGAACAGCACUGGAGUCGAGAUAAAAAGAAUCAUGGCAAAAGCUUUUAAAAGUCCCUUGACUUCCCCACAGCAAACACAGCUCCUUGGAGAAUUGGAAAAGGACCCCAAGCUUGUUUACCAUAUUGGUCUCACUCCUGCCAAAUUGCCAGACCUGGUUGAAAACAAUCCUUUAGUAGCUAUAGAAAUGUUGCUGAAACUGAUGCAGUCUAGUCAGAUAACAGAGUAUUUUUCUGUCUUGGUCAAUAUGGACAUGUCCUUGCAUUCAAUGGAAGUUGUAAAUCGGCUUACUACUGCAGUUGAUCUCCCGCCUGAAUUUAUUCAUCUUUAUAUCUCCAAUUGUAUCUCCACCUGUGAACAGAUUAAAGACAAAUAUAUGCAGAACCGCCUGGUACGUCUCGUUUGUGUCUUUCUUCAGUCUUUAAUCCGAAACAAAAUUAUUAAUGUACAGGACUUGUUUAUAGAAGUGCAAGCAUUCUGUAUUGAGUUCAGUCGGAUACGAGAAGCAGCUGGCCUUUUCAGAUUGCUGAAGACACUAGACACCGGGGAAAAUCCAUCAGAGACAAAAACAUCAAAAUGAAACCACUGUGUCACUGGCAAAAAAAAAAAAAAUUGAACCCUGCCAGUGUUCUAUACCAAUUACUUGUAUAUUUUAAACUUAAAUCACUGGAUUAAUGAUGUAAUACACUAUAAAUAGCAUUUUAUGCAUUUAAACAAUAAAUAAUGCUUUUUCUGAUA